GCUGCCUUUCAGUGUCACCUAUCAGUGCCAGUCAGUGUCACCUAUCAAUGCCAGUCAGUACCACCUAUCAGUGCCAGUCAGUGCCGCCUAUCAGUGCCAUGCCAUAUGAGUGCUGCCUCUCAGUGCCCAUCAGUGAUGCCUGUUAAUGCCCAUCAGUGCCACCUACUAGUGCCUCCAUCAGUGCCCAUCAAUGCCACCUAUCGGUGCCUAUCAGUGCAGCCUAUCAGUGCCCAUCAGUGCAGCCUCAUUGCGCACAUCAGUGAAGGAGAAAAAUCACUUAUUUACAAAAUUUUAUAA